AAAAGGUUGGCUUCAAUAGUAGUGUUGUGUUUGUUGUGCUGUUGUGUUGGUUAACACAUAAACACAAUUUAUUGACGAAACUGUAAUCGUAUGUAAUAUUUAGCAGUAAUAGUGAAGCAGUGUUUACGUUGAGUGUAGUGUAGUGUCUGUGUUGUGCUCAAGACAUGCACUGAUAACUGUUUGAUCCCAAGAGUGACACAAACAAUGGCUGAGCCGACGACGAGUGGCGGACCAAAGGAGUGUCACAAAUACGUGCAGCGCGUCGUCCAUCGGACAGCGGAACAGAUAAAACUGGUGGAAGAGCUGAAGAUGACCAAAGAGAAGAUCAAAGAGGCGGAGGAAGAGUGGCAGAACAGUCUUCACAGCUGGAAGUCGAAGCGCAGACAAUCCAAGAACAGCGAAGAAGGUAAGCCUAUCACUACCAAAGUGACCAUAUGUUUGCGCUUGAAUGGUUCUAAAUAUGUUUGUACGACCAUGGUGAUGUGA